ACGGAUCAGUAUCAGGAGUGAUUAUUUCGCUUUUGAAUUCAGUUUUAAUAAAAAAUAGUUACAAUAUUGCCCCUUAUUCACUACUUUGAAUCAACUAUAAAUAAAUUCGACAGUUUACAACGGAUGAGUUUUAUCAAAUUGGCACCGGGCUACAAAGGAACUUGCCCUGUAGUGAAAAGAGGAUGUACUUCUCAUUCCAGACGUCUGCCAUCAGUGAAUUUGCCUUCAAGGUGCGUUCGUGGUGUCCAAUAAUAUCGUAAAACGUCUUGCAUGUGUGAGUGCAUGGUGGUUCUUGUGGAUUGUGGUGCAGUAAUCGUCGCGCCUUGUGAGCUGGUGUGAAAAAGCUGUCUUCAUUGCCGCCUCGCUAUGUUCCGUUGCCUGGCAGUAUGUGAGACAGAUGUCUGUUAGAUGAGUGAAAAAAAAAUCAAUCAAAUAAAUCUUCAUUAAUUAUGGUGUUACGUUUCCCUUCUCUCUCUUGCUGAGCUAGUUUUAUUAUAUAGCAGCAUUGGAGCAGUUAGGAACCAACCAGUGCGACGAUAAAAAGCCUCACGUCACGUUCGCAUAUACAUUCUUUUCGAGAAAAGUUGCGGAACAAGGCAUUUCUAAUGACGCAGAAAAAUAUUAUACAAUAAUUGUGCAAAAUAAAGCUUUUAAUAAGUGUAACUAGUGUCUACAACUAUAGUGAAGAAGACAAAGCGGACGGAGCGUGGCAGUGAAUUAUAAUUGCAAGAAAUAUUCUUGCAUCAUAAACCAAUGGUUUGCAUUGGUGUGGCAUGUGUUAAUAUGUUUUCAAGAAUUACUGUGCAUCUAUACUAUAGAGCAACGAAAGAUAUAAAGUGACAGACCAUUAUCUGCGCUGACGGAAAACGUUGAUGAACAAACAGGUUACACUAAAAAUACAAAUUCAUUGUAAUUGAAUCAUCUAUAUUCGGAUAAACCGACACGAAUCGACUGGGGAGCUCAUCUACAACCACGCCGAGGGGGUCCAUCAUUGAGUAACAUUCUCAGCUUGAGGUUUACCGUAUGAUAACAAAAAAUACCACCGGAGCGCGGGAGAGUGUGUGAUCACAAGAGAGUGAGCCCCGAACAGUCAUCAAUCCAUCCAUCCAUUUGAGCAUUGGAUGACAACGGCCCCUUAGUUCGUGUGGAUUACACCACCGUUGGUGUACAAAGCAACAUAGCAAAUGAACCAAAUCCCUAGUGAAGAGGGAAUUGAAAUCAUCUCUCAGUUCACUCACUGAGCAUUUACAGACAAGUGAAAACGAACAUUUCCUUUCGGAAUAACGAUGUUGAGGACGGAACAUCAAACGAACACUCGAAGAUGCAGUAUAGUAUGAGCAACCAUAGGGUGUAGAUGCACGUUGCCUCAAAGAAGUAGAGUGCAUUUAUUCAUUCAAAAAGUGGUUAUUAGCUAACUUGCAGACGAAACCGUAUAAAAUGGUUCGUUUCAGUAUGAAUGAUCAGACUGUGCUAAGGUAUAAUUAAUAUACAAUCAUCUCAGACCCAACGUGAGAAGUUAACGGAAUAGAGUGUAAUAGCUAUCAAAGUAUAUACUGAACUGUCUAAAAAUGCUUUGCUGUGACAAAACGUCUUCUGGUGGAGUCAAUUGCAACAGGAACUCUAAUGGAUCAUCUUCGAGAUGUCCCAGCGGAUCAUUACAGCAACCUGACAGCUUGCUGGACACAACAGCCAGACUUGUAGCGCAAAAUGAACCUUUUCAGAAAAUUGAAGAACGAUACGAUCGUAUACCAGAGCCAGUGCAGCGAAGGAUCAUUUUUUGGUCAUUUCCUCGAAAUGAAAAGGAUAUCUGCAUGUACAGUUCUCUUUCCAGGGUUUCAUCCAUUAAUUCUGUCGAACCACAAAGUUUGAGUUUCUGUGCCGGAUUAAAACUUGUUGAAUCUGGAUGUGUAGAAGAUGUAUUACAAGUUGGUUUUCAUCUUAGUGGGAUCGUGUGGACUUAUCCACCAAAUCACAAUCAACGACAGUCUUUGUCAUCUGGAUCAAGCACGUCCGCCAAUCGUCAUGAAAUCCCAUACCAUUUUCCCAACAUGAAUAACAGUCACCAGCACAACAAUUAUAUUGGAAACAAUAAUCAUCAUCAUAAUCCUCACAAUCAUCGGCCUUUGACUCCCCCACCUUUGCACCAGGCACCGUUACCCCCAGGGCCUCAAAUUCCACCAGGUGCGAUGGGUGUUGGAGGACCAGUGAUGAUUCCUCCACCCCCGGGUAUUGCUCAACCGGUACCACCACAGUACAACAAUAAUUCAAAUAUUGAUCGCGAUGGAUUCAACAAUAUUUCAACCUCGUCAUCUUCAGGCCAGGGUAAUAUGGAAGAGAAUAAAAAAUUCAAAGUAUCCGUCAGCUUCGAUAGAUGUAAAAUCACAUCAGUUACGUGCAGUUGCGAUACAAAGGACAUCUUCUGGUGUCAUCAUGUCGUUGCUCUGGCUCUGUAUAGAAUACGUAACGCAGAAACCGUUAAGCUCAGAGUUCCUAUUUCCGAAACGCUUCUGCAAAUGAACCGUCAACAGUUGCAAAAGUUUAUUCAAUACCUGAUCUCAGAACAUCAUACAGAAGUUUUACCAACUGCCCAACGGUUAGCCGAUGAAAUUUUACAGCAAAGAUCGGAGAUCAAUUCGAUAUGCGGUGCACCUGACCCAACAGCCGGUGCAUCCAAAGACGAUGAUCAUUCUUGGCAUUUAGAUGAAACACAAGUUUGUGAAGCUGUCAAGACGUAUUUAGGCCAGGGCAGUUACUAUUACAGCAGCAAGCAUCUAAAUUCGCUUUUCGGUAAGGUGCGAGAAAUGCUGAGAGCACAAGAUUCAAACGGUGCAAGAAUGCUAACGCUUAUUACAGAACAGUUUCUAAAUGAUCCCAGACUGGUGUUAUGGAAAAAUCACGGGACACCAAUGACGGAGAAAUGCCGACAAUUAUGGGAUCAAUUAGGUGCACUGUGGGUUUGCAUUGUAUUAAAUCCAAAAUCCACCCAUGCAGAGCGGCUUCAUUGGAAAGCUCUUUUAGAGAAAUGGUCCAAAAGUGAAGUUUGUCCACAAGAGGAUCCCGAUUUGCGUACCUCCACAAGAGAAAGUAUUCGAGAGCGAUCGAACCGUGAAAGAGAGCGAGACCGAAACCGUUUCUUUCGGGAGAACAAUCUCAGAAACAUGAUGUUCUAUAAUCAAAACAAUAUUAAUCCUAACGAUCAACAUCGAAGAAAUUAUAAUGAACGGAACAUGAUUGACAAUAUUAUGGAAAGGCAUAACAACGUUCAAAACGACAACUAUGAUAGCUCAGAAUCGGAUUCUGAUUCUGAUGACGAGAUGGAAGAAAACAAUGAUGCAGAAAACGGUGAAAAUGACAACAAUGGAAACCAAAACGUAGCUAAUGAAGCAAUUCCGGAUCAUAUGGAGGAAGAAGUUGACCAAGUGCAUAAUAUUUUACAAGAUAUUAAUUUUGGUGUAAAUCCUGAUAUAGGCAAACAAGAAGUUAAUGACUAUAUAAACUUGAAUUUAAUGAAUGAGAAUAGUAGCCUUAAUCCGAUCCUUCCGGACAAUGACGAUAGCUCAAGAGAGUCUAUGGAUGGCGAUAAUGACAAUCCAAUGCCCGGACCCAGUGGAAUCACUACGAAUAAAUCUAUUAAACAAGAUAACUUCUUCAGAGGGAAUCCCUGUAUCUGUGGAGAGCAGAAAUGUGAGUGCAAUCGUCCUGUCUUUUUUGAUGAGAUCAAGCCUGGAAAAUUCUUCGAUUGUGAAGCAUCCAACUUCAUGGUUACUGAAGAUGCUAACCAGGGCUGUGAGCCAUUAAAAGUUAAUGAGCACGAUAUAUCAACUGUAGAACUUGAGACUGGUGAAGAUAAAAACGAAAAGCACUGUGAUAUUUUAGAAAAGGAGAAUAAUUUGAAUACGUUUGAAGAUCUCGCGGUACCUGGUCCAUCCGGUUUGUCAAGAUUAUCAAUAGCUUCAGUCUCUACUGUUCCAUCAACAGCCUCGUCUACAACGGACGAUUGUAAAUGUCAUAAUGAUGGUGACAUGAUGGCAAGUACUUGUGGUAAUAGUAGUAACAAUAAUCAAGCCAGCACUUGCAAUAGCAGUGGAGAUAAAUCCGAAAAGUCUGAAAACCUCACUGAAACUAGUCAAUCUAAUGAAGAAAGGCAACCAUCGGCCCUGAGGGAUAAUGAACUGAACAAAGUAAACCAAAACGAAGCAGAAUUAGAUGAGCCUCAACCAGGUCCUUCAAGAGGGCCGGAUUACGUUGGUAAGCGUACGCAGAAUGCUGUUAAUGAUCGUAAUAAUGAUAAUAACGGUCGACCUUGCAAGCGUCUUAAAUUAAACAAUGGUAAUUGGGUGGGGAAAAAUGCUAACAAAACUCCACGUACAAUUUUCCACAAGGCUUUGGAUGCAGUUAACAUGACAUGGGAUAAUGAUCAUCUCAAAUUCAUUCUUGAAUCUGAUAGUUAUUCCAUCUCGAGCCAAAACUCGGUGCAAAUUGCAGGCUCUAGUAAAUCACUUAGCAAUAGUCCUAGUUCAAAAUCAAACUUCAAUGGCGUUGGUCAACCAUUGUGGCAUGAACAAAUAUCGAUGACUGCCGCUCGUAUCGACUCCUUGCGCUCCCAUGGCCAUAUAGAAGCUGCACUAAGAUUAUCUGUAAGUGUAGUAAGGACGAUGAGAGAAAUACAAAGAGAUGCACAGGCGUUGUGGCACCGUCAUAAACCAAAGAUUGCCGAGGUUAAAAUAACGGAGCCUGUCUGCAGUUGCCAAAGUAAGAAAUCAGUAGAGCCCUACCCAGCAGCUUCAUCGUCAACGCCAGCGGUGCCGGUAAUUAGAAAUAAAGAUACACCAUCGCAGCAAAUGCCCCCACCGCCUGUUCCUGGACCCUCAUCAUCAUCAUCGAGUUCUUCGGGAUCUAGUAGCAAACUGUGUCACUGCCCUGCUCAUCAGCAGCAUAAUUUCCCAGCUGCUCCUCCUCCUCCACCUCCUCCUCCGCCACAACAGCAAUUUCAACAGCAUCCACAAAUGAAGAAAGACUGUUCAAAAUGUCUACAAAUUAAAUGCUAUUACGAAUCGGUUGGAUCAGCUGGACACGGUUCAAGUGCGUCCAAACAUAACUACUACAAUAAUAUGAUUCGUAAUAGCCGUGGUGGAAUGAUCUGUCAUUCAUCAAAAUGUAAUCCAUUCAUUCCACCGCCAGCCGAAAUGUUCCGUAAUCCACAACCACAUUGUAGUCGAGAUUAUCGUUAUAUGAAAUUCAAUAUGCCGCCACCUCAACAGCAUCCACAUAUGCAUCAUAAUCAUCAUCACCACCAGCAGGGUAUGCCUCCUUUAAUUGGACCCCCACAAGCACCGCAUCAUAUGCAUGCUACGGGUCAUCCCGUUGCACCUCCUCCCGCUAUGAUGCCUCCACAACACGCGACUAAUGAGCAUCCUACUUUGGCUCCAAAAUGCAAUUGCCCGGUUCACAAGGACGAACGCCACGAUCCUAUUCCUGGACCAUCAGGAGCACCUAGUAUGGGUCCACCUGUAAAUGCAAGUAUGCCUGGGCCGUCUACUUCAUCAGCUGGGCUACCGCCACCUUUGGCUCCAUAUCAUCCACAAGAUGUGCUUCAAAAGUCACACAUGCCAUGUACGCAACAUGACAAAACGCAAUGCUGUACCAAAAACAUAUGCUGUAAAAUGGCAGCCCAAGCAAAGCAACUAGAAAAGCAAUAUAAUAUGGGUCAUUGUCCAUCAGCUGGACCUUCGACAUCUUCGCAAUAUAUGCCACCACCUUGUAACUGUGGAAUGCAUUCUAAUCCACAUGGAAUGUUCGGUCCUGUAUACAAUGGAGGCUCUCCACACGUAAUACAACCCGGACCGAGUACAUCUCGCUGUGUAAUGAAACCCUAUGACAGGAACAAUACAACAUCCUACCCAGAUUGUGAUGCAAGCGGAGCUGGAUGCUCUUCGAAAUCUCUGCCUAAAGCUUCAUCCACAGCUAUACAGGUCUGUAAUUUAGAAACCGCUGGCCCAUCAACAGCUACAUUAGCAGCAGCAACGGUUACGAGUGUUCCGAUCAAAAUCCAUCAACCGGAUUGUGCUCUUAAUAAAAAAUCCAUAGAAUCAGCUAACAUGAAUAAUAGUUCUAAAUCAAAAGCAACUGCUUCUAAUGGUUCGUCGAAAGCUUCCUCUUUACUAGAUCCGAUUAAAAUAAACCGCAAACCAAACUGUCUAUCAAAAUGUAUUGACUGCAGCAUUGGUUGUGAAGUAGAAUUUCCUUUGGAUGCCAUAGCUUGCAUUUUUGACUGUUUAACAGAGGCAUGCAUAAUGCCCGAAGCUAUGGUUAAUGAAAUCAGUCGCAUGGCUUAUGAAAUUGGAGCAAAUGGAAAUAGCCAAAAUAAUGCUACAGCUCCUGAGGAUGUCAACAUAAUUCCACCCAAAUAUCGCCACAUUCCUGUGCCAGGAAGUAAGGAUAAAUAUGAAACCUACCUAACGCUGGCUUUUGAAGCAGCAAUACUAGCUUUAAGUAAGCAGCGCAUUAUGCCGCAUGGUCUGUACGCUCAACACGUGAUAUGCAAGCAACAGGAUCAACUGAUUUCCCGUUUGAGAAACAUAGACCUAGAUCAGAUGCUGAUCGAUGUGCUGAAGAAUCUUAGUAUCCAGUUAUUAGAUGGUGGCCCAACUAGUGGUCUUGGAGAAAUGAUACAUCCUGAGUCGGUUCCUAUGCACACUUUGGCCAGAUUUCUGUUUGCAUCAUUGCUUAAUCAAUAUUCAGACUUGGCCUUCAGCAUUGGUUUGCGAGCUAUGCGUUUUCCCAUUCUCGAAAACGUCACCGAGGGUUCAGUCAAUGGAAUUGAGAUGCAACACAAUAACUUCAUGCAUUCGCCAUAUCCUCGUUGGUGGACUUUAGGCCACUUAGAGACUCAGCAAUGCUCACUCAGCUCAACAAUGCUUAGUGCUGCCAAAGGAGAUACAAAACGGUUAUCGGCAGUGCUUGAAAAUGCUCGUCGAAAUAUACACAGCUCGUCGCAUUUAUUCAAGUUGGCACAAGAUGCAUUCCGAUUUGCCACACCCGAAAACAAUCCCCGCAGUCAAACGCUACUGGGCGUUGCCUUCGAAUUGGGCCUGCAAGUCAUGCGUAUGACACUGACAUGCCUAAACUGGCGUCGCAGAGAAAUGGUACGAUGGCUCGUAACGUGCGCUUCACAUGUCGGACUCGAGGCAUUGAUGUCGAUUAUGCAAAAUUGGUAUCACCUCUUCACACCAACAGAAGCAACAGGGCCUGUUGCGACUACGAUAAUGUCACAUUCAACGAUCAUGCGAUUGAAUUUGAACUUCCGGCAGCAGGAUGAGUUAUCAAACUGCGCCCGAACGUUAGCUCUGCAAUGUGCAACUAAAGAUCCACCAAAUUGCGCUCUAAAUGCGUUAACUUUAUGCGAAAACGAUGCGAUGGCCUUUGAAACAGCCUAUCAUAUUGUCAUAGACGCAGCUAUGCAUAUUAUGACUUCUAGUCAAUUGUUUACCAUUGCUAGGUAUAUGGAACACAGAGGUUACCCAUCUCGAGCGUACAACUUGGCAAUGCUUGCUAUGAAAAACGUACAGUUGGCAUACAACCAAGAUACCCAUCCGGCAAUAAAUGACAUCCAUUGGGCAUGUGCUCUGUCUCAUUCGCUGGGCAAGGCAGAACUGUCCAAGAUGAUUCCUCUGGUGAUUAAGAAUGUUCAAUGUGCCACCGUUCUAUCGGAUAUUCUACGCCGAUGCAGUGUACCUACUCCAGGAAUGCACAAUUUUAGUACACAUGGUAGAAGCAACAGUAUGCGGCAAUGUAUGAAAUUGAGCUACGAUAGAGAACCACUUAACCAACUUCUGGAAGCAGCUGUUUCUGCCUACGUGAAUACAACGCAUUCGAGGUUGUCUCAUAUAUCUCCAAGGCACUACAGUGAUUUUAUAGAUUUCCUCAGCAAGGCAAGAGACACCUUUAUGCUGGCUCGUGAUGGACCGGCACAUUUUUCACGUCUCAUUGAAAAUAUCACCAUUGCCUAUAAAGGCAAGAAAAAAUUGGUCCGCCAAGUAAGACAGCGAUUUCAAUUUGUCUAAUAAAAAAUAUUGUUUCAUAAUGCAUUAUGUAAUCCAUUGUAAUGGGCAUUUUGCACCGCGUCAGAAUCCUGUACUAAAAGAAUUGCUUAAUGCUGCUAAUUGUUAGUGUUGAUACCAGUUUUAUAUAAAUCAAAAUUGGAUUUUGUAACUAAAACGGAAAAAAAUCAGAGCGAUUCUUUUUAGCGCCGUCUACAGUGCAAAAUGCACAAAUUUGGUAGAACUCUUCUCAACUUCUUCGUCAGUUGUUACGCUUAUCAUCAUCAGGGAACGUUCAAUUUCGAAUGAUGCUGCAUCAUGCCUCAUGUUCUAGGGCACAUAGUUCGGUGCCCCAGGAUUUUAGUUACCCCAUGACGAUUAUAGGUAUAUAAACUGGCGGACUCGUAUGACGUCCUAUAUAAAAAGACAGAGAAAGAAGUCACAAAAAAGUGGAAGACAAAUGACAAAAUCCAUAGGUAGAAUAACAAAUUAAUGACAAAAAUUGUUCUAGUUUUGAUUAUCCAUCGAUAUUAAACGUGUUACUUUGCUUAAUUUUAUUCUUACAGAAACCUUCAGUAUUAUUAACAGUAAUAGUGUUCUUCCACUUUUGUUUUCACGAUUUUCGUUACUUGUUUAGCCAACUAUUCUAUUUUGAAAAUCUUUUACCUCUUCUUCCCAGUAAGUUUUUUUUGUUUUAUUCAAUCAUGAUUUUGCUUAGCAAGAAAUGGAACGUGCAAAAGUUGUUAACUAAUGUGCGAAUAAUGAGCUCUAAAAGCUGGAUCGGAAUUAGGUUUGAAAUGACGUGAAUAAAGUUUCUAUUACUAAACAGAUACUGUAGUGAAGUGAUGUGUAGUGUAGACAAAUAAGCUUAGGUCAUGACUUCCAUUUUUAUAACUAAUGCAAAUAUAAUAAACGACAUAAACUACUUACAUGCUAGCAAGUAUAAUAAAAUAUAUCUAUAGACAAUUAUCGAAACAAAAUCAAUAGCUUACAAAACAUAAAAAUAAAUAAUCAAAUACUAACAUUAAGGAAGGAGUUACUAUUGAUACCAAACCAUCUGAUAUGUGGGGAUACUUUUAUUGUAAGGCUAAUACGUACGAACUGAUCGCCGAAUGGUCCUAGUAGAUAAACGACAGUACUUUAUGUUUAGAAACAUAAUCAUCACGUGCGGUAUCUCACUAAUCAGUUAAUCCAAUAACAAAGCCAGCCGUUCUGUGUUUAUUUUUUUUAGGAUUUUCAAUAAAACUUGUGCCACCAUAUCUGUGCCGAAUAAUUGACUUUGAUAGAUUUCAGUUCAAUUGAAAGACAAAGUAACGUUUAGUAUAAUUUCAUCAAUUUAGUUCAAAUACCUCAACUAUUUAUGUAAAUUGAUUACUAGAUAAAUUUACUAAGUUAUAUUUUAGUUUACCUUGAACUAAUUAGUGCUGAAAACUAAUUACCACCUACGCGCAGAUAUCAAGAACAAGAAAUAAAUUAAAUAGGAAUAGAAUAAAAUUUAACAUAAAUACCUGUACGCAGAAAUAGCAGCCUACAUAGCAAGAUAUUGAAACCUAAAACUUGUUCAAAGAAUGCUGAAAUUACGAUUUCAGCUCAAUGCAUCAUACAAAACACAUGCAAAUAUUUACUGCCAAACAAAAAACUAAUCAAACGAUGAUACCGAUUAUGUUAAAAAUAAAAAGUUGAACACUGUAAUAAACAAAUAACGUACAUAAUUAAUCAUGUCAGUAUUGCUAACUUGCGAUAAGUAAAAAGAAAUGCUUGAAAUUUUUCCGUAAAUUCUACUUUCCAACACUUGUUAUUUUAUACCCAACGCUAAAUUACAACAGGACAAUUUCUGGGAACAUUGUAUCUGCUUUUGUCAAUAUUCUCCAUGAUUAUGUAUACAUAUUUAUUUCUCUUAGCACUAUUCCACAAAUUCAAUUAAUCUUCUGGUACCGCAGUAGGUAGCUUUGAAUUGUUUGCAUUAUAAAUGUAAAAAAAAAAAACAAAAAUACUCCAUGAAGGCAAUUUUCAGUGCUAUUGGUAACAAGAAUGUUUGUAUUUCUUUAUUUUCGUUGGAAUGUGAGAUUUAUCUCAGGUAUUGUAAAGUUUAAUUGACAAACAAAAUAAAACUUCGGUAAACAGAUUAAAAACUAAUGCGACAUACCCAAUUAUACCAAUAAACGAACAUGAUAAAU